AGACUCCCUUGGAACUUUAAGAAAAUUCAACGCAAUGUAUCGAGCAGCUGAACGACUGAAGAAAAUCGUACAUCAUCUGGAUGGGCGAAUCCAGUUUUAGACUUCUGCAAAAGGCAAACAUUUCAGAUGCAUGAAAUGUCUAGAAAAGAAAAGCUGCUACAGAAUUUACGCAAGAAACUCGGUGUUUUGAAAAGACCUGAGCCGUGUUCAGAUGAAGAGGAUAAACGACCAACUAAUCAUAUGGGUCUGUAUGGAAAUAAUAAUGCUAAAAAGUCUGCACGAAAAAUUUAAAUUGGGUUGCUUCAGAAAGAAAAUAAAACAAGUGAUCUUAAACAAGUACGUACAAAAAGUGGUGGAGGAACAAGGACAUUAUCAGUUUUUAAGAGUGCUACAGAAGAAGACAUUCUAAAUAUGGCAAAAAAUAUUUUCUUUCCUAAUGGUAAGUCAUCACAUGGAUCAGUUGAGGAAGUUGAUUUUGAUAUUACCAACUUUGAGCGUAAGUCUCUAAUGGAUAAAGACACAGUUGGAGAAUUAUAUGACCAAACAAAAACUCCCACUGCUGCGUUUUUAUAUGGUUACUUGCAAGAAAGAAAUCAUAAAUUGUGAAGCAGUUUGCAGAUCUAAGACUCUAUUAGAAAAGAAGGAAACUCCUGAUAUUCACAAAUCACUGAGCAACUUUCCGGCAUCCUCACCUAAAAAGUCUAGAGAUCUUAAUGAGGGAUUAGUCAUGAGAAACUCACAGAAUGAAGCUAUCUUUGUAGUGCCUGAUGCCUUGAUAUGUGAAUCUUGCAAAGCUGGUUGCUCACAUACCCUACAAGAUUUUCCUGCAGAUGCUUCUAAUUCUGCAAAUAAUUUUACAUUUUAUGUAAAUAAACAUCAAAAAAUAAAUGAAGAAGAUUUGGAUUACAAUUAUAUAAACUAUGAAAUUUCCAAAUCACCUGAAGAGUGCCAAAAAGAAGAUAAACAGUGUACUGAACAUGAAAUUUCUAAUGAUACAGUAUUUACCACAUUGAGCAAUGACAGCAACAUAAUUGUCUUUGGACCUUCUUUUAAUUCUGAUGACUUAUCAGACACAAUACCUCUUGAGUUUACAACUUGUUUCAUGGAGUUUGAACUUAUUGUAAGACGUGGAAAUUCUAUGGAAGAUAUAGUACACACUUUUGAGAAAAAUCCAGAAAUUGACCAUGUCUGCACUCUGAAGAUGAAGAGACUUUUGCCCUCAGGUGAAAUGGAAGAAGCAGAUGACUUUGGUAGAGUAAUACAUGAUGCAUCAGCAGAGUUUUGGGAGGAAUUUUACAAUAAAUGCACACUUGGUAAAGCAUUCAGAGUGCCAUUUCUGAGGCAUGAUUUUACAUUAAGUAAAUGGAGAGCCAUAGCAAAAGUAAUCUUGAUCAGAUAUGAGCAGUGCAGGUACUUUCCAGUACAGCUUGCCCAAGCUUUCAUGCAGCAGGUUUUUUUUGGAAGCAUUGCGAAAAAUAGUACACUUUUAGACAGCUUCAUGAAGUUUGUACCCCCAAUGGAAUCCGAGGUUCUCCAAAUGGCAAUUUCUAAUUUCACAGAAGUGGAAUUGCCUGGGCUUAUUGAAGUUCUUCAGGGACACUCAUGCAAAAGGCUACCCAAAGCUGAUAAUAUACAGCGGAUAACAAUUGGAGAUAGGGCAUAAGGAGUUGAUUCAAGAACCAAUGUUUGUUAUUGAUAUCUGGACCAAAGUUCUGAAAAAUAUCAUGUUUACUGUGACAUUAUUAAACAAAAUUUAUGAAGAGGCAGUACCUGACAGCAAGAAAGUUCAAAAAAUGGUCCAUUUUCCAAAUGAAAUGAGUCAAAAUCAAAAAACUGUUUCAAACUAUUUGGUAGAAUUCAUCAAGGAACUAGAUGAUUCAGAGUUGGCCACAUUUCUUUGGUUCUGUACAGGCUCAGAUAUAAUUUGCACAGAAAACAUUGAUGUAACUUUUGUGAACCUUGAAGGUUUGGCACGCCGGCCAGUGUCUCAUACUUGUGGUAGUGUUUUGGAAUUGCCAGGUAACUAUAAAAGUUAUCCUGAAUUUCGCAGUGAAGUCAGGCAUAUGGGUAAUGGAUAUUGUGUGACAAAACAAACGUUACGGUACAGCCAUAUAAAUAUGUUCCAUUUACAGUUCUUUGCACUUUAGCAGCAAAAGUUGUGUUCCCCUAAUUAUGUUCUAAAGUGAGUGAGGAAAAAUAUUUGGAAUACCAAGAAAUUAUGGUUUCAUUAGUAGUAGAAAGUAUGGUUCUUUAUGCAAGCAAUGUUUGGCUUUCUGAUAUUAAAAGGAUGUUCUUCUUGUAGGACAUUGACUCACACUUAAAAAAUGCUAUUAAUGCAUGUAUAGCAGUACAACUUAAAACAAAUUUCUAGAUUAUGUCAGGAGAAACAAAGCAUUUUAUUUCCUAUUUCAUUGUUUUCAUAUAGUGUGUUAAAGAGAGGCAUAUUUUUGUGAUUACUAAAGAACAAGAUUGUAAUAUUUUGGCUAAAUUAUUUUUAACAAUAUUCUUUGUUUGAAAUAUUGACUUAAUUGUUAUAUGAAUACUGAUUAAGUGUUCAGUUUGAUGCAAAUUUUCUCACAAAAUAAAAUUUGUAAUGCUAUCAUUACUCUCGUGAAAUGGUUAAAACAUAUAUUAUGUGUAUUUUCUUGGAUGGUUUCAAGUCCUUUCACUUUUUUCUUCUGGAAAUUAACAGCAUUUUUGGUACAACAAUUUGAAUGCAGAAUCAAGAAUUAUGUAUGCCAUUACAGUUUUUUUUAUUAAUAAUAAACUUAAAAAUCUAUCUAUCUAUCUAUCUAUCUACUGUAAUUUUCAACUGUCACAUUUAUAUCAGGACAUUGCCUUCACAGAGUGAAACCCUUCUGUUUAUCCCCAACGUUCACUAUGUGAUUACAGAAAUCCCCCAAAUGGAUUCUGGACUCAGUAGGUAGUCACCCUGGAAUAUUGCAUUUAAGAAAGUGUAAAUAUCUUACAUAGCUAUUAGUAACAUUCAUACAAUAAAAGCAGUUUUUCAACCACCAGCACAAGAACUGUUAUCUUUCCCAGUGGUGUGAUUAUGUUGCAUUACUAUCUGAAUGUAUCUGUAAAGUUGGCUAAACUCAGUAACAUUUUACUUAAUCCCCAUUCUUUGUCUCUCUGAAUGACAACCCUCUCUAUAGCUCCUUCAGAUUAUGCACAACAAGUCUAUGUCAUCUACUUACCUAUCUACUAUGCCCUGAAACACCACCCCUGGACCUGGAUAAAUGGGUGACUUCAAGUAGAUCUGAUCUGUGUUACAAUAUUGUGGUUUCAUUAAUAUAGAUAACAUACACAAUCUUUGUUCAGUCUAAGAUCAAUUGUCAAAUUCAAAAAUGCUUUUAUUUCAAGUAAAUAAUUACCAACUUAUAAUGAGUGCAGUUAUGUUUCACAGAAUCACUGAUGAUAGUUUUUGAGCUUUAUGCUAGGCUCAGACGUUUUCUGUUAGCCUCAUAAUAUUUCACAGGCAUUUUAGGAACUGAUAAAAUUUAUUCUGACAUUGAAAAAAAGAAAAGAGUGUGUACUUUUAUUUAGACACUUUAAUAUUUAACUGCACAUUACAUAAUAUUGUAAGCUGGAAUGAGUAUAUAAAUGCAUAGGACAUUGCUCCAGAAAUAACAGGGAGUGUGGUGUUGAAAGCACAAUUGUAUUUUUUCUAAAAUAUUAUGUGAAUUACUAACAUUCCAAACAGCAAAUUUAAAACAUAAAAAGCAUGUGUAACACCAAUAUAGUUAAACAUCACAUUGCUAGGUGAAUUUUCUUGUUUCCAUCAUGGACACUGUACUGUAAAGUGGUAAUAAUGUAAUAAUAAUAAUAAUGUAAGAAUCACACAGAAUACUUUUUUAAAUUAUAAAAUCUUUUUUGCGCAACAUUCGCAAAUAUAAAAGAUUGAAGCCCUGGAGCAAUGAUUUAAAGAACAUGCUGUAAAUGAAUGCAGAAAAAUUCUAAUAAAUAUAUUGGUCCAUUACAAAAGUAAAAUGUAUCUGUAUUUCUAAUGUAAAUUAUGUACUAUUGUCUUAAGUGCCUGGUAGAGUGUUACAGCAUCAAAAGGGUCAGAUGGUAUGCUAAAGCCAUUCUCUUCCAUAAGUUGUGACAGAUAGUGGGCGCUAUCGCUCCCUUGAACCCCUGCCCAAGACUCCAGACACCAGAUAAAAGUCCAAAUGUUGACUUCAUUAAUUCACCACAGUCAACAAAGCACCCUCUCCUCCACUAUACUCCUAUACAAAUCAAUAACAAUACAAUAAACAAUCCUCCACUCCCAGAUGCGUUGCCACCCUUCCACCCAGCUCAGCUCGCCGUCUGGGAGAUCCCACAAUCCUUUUUAUUGUCCCUGACCCUGAAGUGUUCCAAUCCCCAGUCCAUGUGAUCUCCUAUCACUUCCAGGUAAGAUAAAAAGUCCUUUUCUUCACCC